AUGUAUACCCGAGUAUUAAAAGAAAUGGUUUCCAAUUAUAAAAGAAAAACCAAUAGAGGGGCAUGGAAUGAGAAGAACAUGGAGCGAACGUUGCUGGCUGUAGCAGAAAAGCGCAUGGGUUGGUUAAAGGCUAGCAGGCAUUUCCAAGUGCCCCAGGCAACACUUCGCCGCCGUGCCAUGAAUCUAAAUAAAAUAGCUGUUCGUACAAGAAAGCAUCUUGGCAGACAUAAAACAACCUUAAAUCGAGAACUAGAAGAGGCUCUAGUGGAGCAUAUGCUAGCACUGGAAGCUAGAUUUUUUGGCUUAACGACCGUAGAUGUCUGUAUUUUGGCAUAUGAACUUGCAGUGUGA